GGGCGCUAAGUGGAGGAGGCCGUUCGGAGCGAAUGGGUAGGACGCCUGCCUCCUGCCUCCAUCACAUGGUCCAGCUUAACCGAGAAACCUCGAGCACAGAUGGAGCAGAACGGGAAACCGAGAGACGAGCCCCUCUGCUAGCGGCGAGAAGCAUCCUCUGAAAUAGAAACAUAACCUACCCCUUCUGCAGCAGAAAUGGAAAAACGGACGCAAGAUAAAAAGCAACAACAAAACCGACAGUUUUGCACAGUGUCAUGCUGCUUUCGCGUUUAAUAUCACGGAAGAGUCAGGGAAGGUUGUGAGUGAGUGAGUGAGGGGGUGGAUCUUUGCAGAGAAUGAAAUCCAAGGCGCUUGUUGUCCCAAGUGAAUCAUUUGAAGAGCUUGCAGAGACACAGAGCGACCGGGAUGCCGCGCAACAUCGCGCCUCCUAUUCAGCCGCGAGGUUAAGUUUUCUUGAGCACCCUCCUUCUGUGUGAGUGUGUGUCUGAGUGUGUGUGUUAUGGCGUCUGUGAUGGACGAUUCCUACCGUAAGGUGCUGUUGCUAGGGGCCAUCGCUGCAGCGUCAGCCUUUGUGGUCACCAUCGUCAUCGUGGUGGUUUGUGUGGGCUGCCAAAGGAAAAACAAGACCAAGCAUCCUCCAGCCAAUGGUGAGAAGGGCUCCUCAGUAGACAUGGGUGCUCUCCGUCAGCCCAAGAACAGCUCCAUGAGUAAAUCUGACACUAGGCUGCAUGAGAUCAACCGCUUGCCCCGCAACGGCAACAGUGGGGGUAAGAACCGUCCUGCCAGUAUGGACCUUCUCCUCCUCCACAGCCAUCGCUCCACCUCUGACCUCCGUCCCCCCCUUGUCCGCCAGCUCCCCCAGAUCCCCACCAGCCCCGAGGGGGAGGGAAACCCAGUGGGGGGAGACAUCCAGAGGGGAGGAGAAGAGGGGGUCAGAGACCACACCUACACUGAGGUGGGGAUCCGGAACUCACCCGUCCGUUGCUUUGACAAUGGGCUGUACGAGAGUGUAGGGGUCAGAGAGGUGGACACGGUGGCCCCCGCUCCCCCACCCACAUCAGCCAACACCCCAGCAACACUGAGGACCUCACAGAGCCCCAACGGGACCCACACCGACAAUGUCCGCAAUGGGAACAGAAACAGGAAUGGGAAUGGAAAUGCCAGAGGAGCUGUUAAUGGGAGUAGCAGAGGAGGAGGGAAAGGGCCCAACGCUGCUAACGGAUCAGCCCCCCAGGACCCCGUAACGGCAGAGUAUGCCUCCGUACGGAAGGUCAAGAAGGUGGACAAGGCAACCAAGAAGGAGAAUGGGAACGCAGAGUCAGAUGACCAAUCAAGUGUCCAAUCAAGUGUGGGAGAGUCACCCUCUGCCCCGCCCCCUCCACUGCCCCGCAGCAGCCAGGAGUUUCUACAGAAACAGCUGGAUCCAUUCCACCUGCACGUCUUCCCUAAGGAGGCAGUGUUCAUGGGAAACGGGGAGCAGUACAUCUGGAAGCCCCCAGAGGACAAUGACAUCAUCACCUUGCACCCAGCGCCUAUACCCCCGGGGGAGAACGGACAGGGAUACACACCCACAGCCAUGGAGAUUUCUGACACCUACUCCACUGUGUGUAAAACCCAGAAGAAGAAACCUCCCCCAGACAACAAUGGAGCCAAGACCCUCCCCCGCAACGAGUGCUCUGUGGAGGAGAAUGGAGGAGGUGGGGCGGGGAGCAGGAGGGAAUGGGACGUGGGUCGGUCCCGGGGGAGGGGUGAGGGGUCGUGGCCGGGGGGUCCAGGGUGGUCAGGCCCGAUCCCACGAGGAGCCCUGCUAUGCGCCAGUUGGCGACAGGUCCUGGCCCGCCUGUGUGGUAGCCAAGUCUGACCCGGCGUACGCCACUAUAGACUCCCACCGGAAACGUGAGCAGACAGGUACCAAUAUCGGUGUACUGGGGUCAAACGCUACACUGAAGCCCAAGAAGAAGCUUCCUCAGCAGGAAGUGCCGUCUCCAGGGGCCCCGGGCCCCCAGGGACCUCCAGCAGGCCCUUUAACCAAGGCCCUGCUUGGGGGGGAGAACUUCUAUGAGACCAUCAGUGAUGUGAAACAGGGGGCUAACACCGCCAGCACCACCACCAUCUUCACCUUCAACGACGG